CGGGUGUGCGCAGGAGAUGGAGAUAUGCGAGCGUGCGAGCGUUUGCACUUGCUCGCGUUUGUGUGUUGAAGCGUGGAUCACAGAGUCCAUGGUCACAAUCUUCGCUCCAAGGAUUACACAGCGUGCUCGUUUUCAUUCAAAGCUUGCUGGGAAAAUCGCGCCGUCCCGAUCUUUGGCAUUUGCAGAGUGAGCCUGGGCAACUGCUUUGCUUUAUUGUUCAGCAUAAACCUACAUAAAAGAUGUCAAUGGAAAAAUCACAGUCUUAUUUAUAACCAGACAAAGAGGUUUUUAGGUUAGACGUUUUUGAGUGUAAUUUCAUGCGGAUGUGGAAACCGAAGGAGACAGACAUUCUGGUGGCGAUCGCAGCUAGCGCUGUCCCAGGUGCUGAAUUCCCCGCCUCCCUCGGUCUCAAUGUAACCCUCAGCUCAGCGAGCUUAGACUAUUAACAGCGCUUGAGCAGGGAGAUACGGAGCGAGCCGGACUGACGUGAAUGUCAAGGAACAGCACACUGGCGAACACGGCGAUUGCUCUAUUAAAUGGGAUUUCACAUUCAGCGACUGUGAAGAAUGGAGACAAUUUUCCUGCCUGCCGCACCACUGCUUAUUCUGAGCUGUUUCGGCGUCGCACAAGUCGUGGCCGACAGUUUGACGGCUCCUGUCAAUGUGACGAUCAGAGAGCUGCAGGCUAACUCCGGCCUGGUCACGUGGGACAUCCCAGAGGGAGACCCCGUCAUCGGCUUCGCCAUCACUCAGCAGAAGAAGGAUGUGCGCAUGCUGCGCUUCAUCCAGGAAGUGAACACGACCACACAAAGCUGUGCAUUAUGGGAUUUGGACCAGGGGACCGACUACAUAGUGCAUGUGCAGUCCAUUGGUACAAACGGGCCCAGUCCCCCCAGCCUGCCACUACUGUUCCGCACUCCCACAGCAGCUGAGACGGCCAAUAGUGAAGACGAGGUCACCAUGGAGGAGGUGGGACAAGUCCCGCCGAUGAGGGCGGGGGAGAUCAUCAUCAUCGUGGUUGUUCUAAUUAUGUGGGCAGGUGUGAUCGCUCUCUUUUGCCGUCAGUAUGAUAUAAUCAAAGACAACGAGCCCAGCAACAACAAAGACAAAGCCAAGACCUCGUCAGAGUGUAGUACCCCUGAGCACCCCUCGGGGGGGCUGUUGCGCAGUAAGUUCCCCGAAAACAACAACUUCAACAACAACCACAACAGGACGCCAUCUGUGCACAUCAUUGAGGUGUGACGUGCCCCAUCCAUCCACCAAAGGACUUCAAAGGAGUCUCCUAAACUCAGACCGUAUGGCUCUCCUCCCCACCCAGACGCUGGUCCUGAUGUGCCAGGCGUUCUGGGAGCUGGCUCUGCCCAGGGUUUGGACAUGAGCCAAGGACAGCUCCUCAGGGACUGGCCGCAGCGGGCCAGCGGUGGCGGGGAGACAAUGGUGGGUGGGGCAGACCUCCAGGGACCCCCUCUCUGCUGCUGCCGAGGCGAGGAGAUAAGGCCUCAUUUGUGAUGAACAUGUCCGCAGAGCUGGAGAUAACCAGCGGCAGAGACGCUUCUUUCUUGGCUCCUUAUCGACGCAUACUCAGCCUCUCUUGGGCCGAGGGGUGAGGAGAGAAGACGAUGUGGGAGCGGCAGACUGUCGGUCCUUUCUUCUCCCUCUCUCUCUUUUCUCUCCUCUAAGCCCUGAUUUUUUUUUUGGUUCUUCUGUUUAAAAAAAAAAAAAAAAAAAAAAAAAAAUUCUUACCGCUGUGCAUCUUAACUGCUUCAGUGCAGGUUUCUCUCUCUCAUGCACCGCAUCUUUGAAAACAGAGCAUGUGUCAAACACACUUUAUCUUCCAAACAUAAAGCCGCAAACCAGCAUUUUUCAAGUCAACAGCAGCUAUCUGACAUGUUUGCGUCUUCGGAUCCCUUCCGCUCUGAUUUGGCAUUUAUUCAUUUCCUGUUGUUUGUCAGUGAGCAACACUGGUUGUGUGUUAUAAUUUAGGUGCUCCCUAGUCCCCGUGUAUUACUAGUUUUCAGGUUGAUAAAUUGAUAAAAAAGAGAGAAAUAGUUCUAGUACAGAUCUAGAGGAAAUCGGCCAAGCAUCUGGAGGAGAGCCGGGAGUGCUGGAGCAUCUGCACCAGUUUCACUGAUUGGUAUGGCUUUAGGGAGCCAUCUGUGGCCAAUCGCUCUCUCGUUCUCUCUCCCGCCCGCCUCAGAGGAUAGACGACCAUUCCCCGAAGAACAGGAGGCUAAAUUUGGAAUGGUUGACAUUCGCUACCUGCUGACGAUCCAGGAUGGAUCAAAGCAUGCCUCUGUGAAAACUCUCAUGGCCGCUCAUUAUCUGACUGAUCAGGUGUUUUUUGCCUUUGGUUUGCAUUCAUAAUAAUAGGGACCUCUGAGCUUUAAUUAGUAAAUGCUCAACUUUUGUUUCAGGAUAAAAUUACACUAAUCAUAAUUAAUACACCUUUGAUGUACAUUACUUUAUUCAUAGCAACAUUAUACUGUAUUGAUAUUUGUGUGAUUCAUGCUUAAUUGUCACAUUUCUUGUUUAUUUUCUUUCUUUGACUGAUCCUUUGAAGUUUGUGGGUACUUGGAAAACCUCUCUCUUCUGACUUUAAAAGAGACACAUCACACACGUGUAGAGGACACAUUUCCAAAUUUUACAGACAUCUCUGAAAUGUCAAAUAAUGUUUGCCAGAAAGGAACCUUUAAAGGUAAUUUUGAUUUGCCAACACAGCACGAACAAAGAAUGUAUAAUAAAUAUAGAUAAACUCAUUUUAGAAAUACUGCUAUCAUCUAAUCAAUCAAACAUCUCAUGUGUUUGGAUCAAAGGGAAACUGACCUUGUCUCUUUUAAAGGGCUCCAAAAUAUCACGUUAGCAAUAAUUAUCAGGGCAGGCUGUAGUGUACCCAGAAGUCCCAGAAUGCAGACCACUUGAAACAGGAAGAAGUUUGGUGGUAAAAUUGAAUGUGUGCAAUUCAUUGCCCCCCAUAAUUUGGUUGUGAUUGUAGUUUGAGGUUUGUUAACAAUAUAUUCUACACAAUGUUUAUUGUGAGUAGCUCAAAUAAUUAUUGAUGGCUCAUAAAUGGCUUCCUACAAGGAAGGGCUUCUGUCUAGCAAAAAAAAAAAAAAUGCUUUUGUUAAAAAAAAAAAAGAAAAAAAAAAAAAAAAAGAGAAGUGAAGAAUGAUUCAGGACUGAGCUUUGUCUACACCGACCUGUAGACUAUCCGUUAGGAGUACGUACAGAGUGGCUAAACACAGAGUUCUUUACACUUCUGGACUUUUUGGGGGAAAUAGACAGAACCCCAUUUGUUUUAUAAAUGCAAAUGCUGGUAAUGUUUUCCUUGCCGACAAGCCACUUACGAGAGCUGUUCCUGGUUCUGUUAUGUGAUCUUGUACUGACGUGCUUGGAUCUGUUGAGAUGUAUUUAGGUUGUUUCAGCCAACAGCGGGGAUAAUUGGACUGAGGUUAACACUGGUGUGAAACUCAUGUAUGCCACCACUGACCUUCUAAAUGUCCUCAUCUUUUCUUCUUUAGCACAAGGAAUAAACUUAGGGAAGGAAAGGCCACAGAGUUUAAAACAGUGUUGAAAGGAAAUAGCAAAAUUGUCAUGUAAUGGCAUCUAUUGGGACUUGGUUUUAUUGUGAGUAAUUAGAAGGCUUGCAGACACCGUGGUUACUGGAGUAUUUAUGUCAAGUAGAGGAGAGCACUGAGGUAUCUUAUGUACUGUAGGUAAUAUGACUGUUUAUGAAGCAGAAGGUCUGCCCAUGAGUCUUUGAUGUAUAAUAUCCAUUUGUUUGUUUUUUUUUGCUUAUGGUUAUAUAUUUAUCCAUCUGAUGCAAUUUAUAAAGCUUGCUCCUUAUUACAAAAAAUAAAGACAAGUGUCAAGUAACAUCUGGCAAUGAU